AUGGUUCAGGUCAAGAGGGAGAAAAAGAGGAUGGUCUCUGAUGCCAUGGCCAAAAAUUCAAGACAGCUGUUGAAUGCUCACAUAUAUAAUUAUUUGAUCGAGAAUAAAAGAUAUGAGACCGCUAGACAAUUUUUACUGGAAGCAGAUGUGCCAUUGUCAGAAGAGAGGAGCGAUGAGGAAGCCGGAUACUCACAAGCACGACAAAAUGCUAGACUGGAGGCAGGGGUAGAUUUGCUGCCUGCUAGUAUGAUGAUGGACUGUGCUGAUACUUUCCUUCAUGAGUGGUGGGAAUGUUUUAAUUGUUUACAGAAAUAUGUGGAUAGUACGCCGCUAGAGGAUCUAAAAGAAGACAGCAGGCAUCGCGAACCGAUUGUGCCGCUGGUGCCGCUUAAUCCAAAUGCAUUUGGCAAUAUGGGGUCGAGAAACACGACUGCAUCGCGGGUCCCGGGGAGUAUGAACGCGAACCAAUUUCCGCAGCAGGUUCGAGCUGGCAUGACGACGAAUCCGAGCCCAAACAUGCCGUUUAAUGGCCAGUAUACGAAUUUCGAGUCAAACCAGAGUAUGCCGGUUAACGCUUAUCCGCAGGAUAGCAUGCCGUUUACGAUGCAACAGCAGCCCCCACAAACACAGCAGUAUCCAGGUCAGUUCCCGCAACAGCUGCAGAGGUAA